CUUCACAUUCUAAUCCAGUUGGUGGCGGUAAUGCACCAAAGCUGGUUUGCCAUCCGCAAAAAAAACUUAAAAGAAGUAGAAGAAGAGGAAUCGCGCAUGCGCAAAUAUAUUUCAACGGGAAAGUGGCAUGAAUAUGAUGGAGUGAUUGAAGGCAGAGACAGUAUGUCGAUGCAUGCUACUGUCCUUAAAAAAGGAGAGAGACCCUUGAUCUCAAGGUGCACAAGGUGCUGUAAAUUGUAUCACUGCCCUUUUUGUGAAACGUAUGUCAACAAAUCAGCAUCACUAUUGAGCUUUAAAAACCAUGUGGAGAACCAUUUCAGGUUGGCAGUGCAGCAUGAUGAUUUUGUGAUUGUCAAGUGCAAUUUAGGCUGUAGAGACGACGCACAUUUUCAUUGCUGCUACUGUCCUGCCACGGUCAUAAGGAAAGUGCAGUUAGUUACUCAUCUUCAAAAAUGCAAACUAAAGUUGGGUAGAACUGAUCAGGAAGCUGAUUCUCCACUCAUCCAUAACCCAUCACCCACUGCUCAACGUUCUACCGUCUCCACACAGACAUGCCCUCUUCCCUCGAUAGCCAAGACACUGCAAACACCUCUGUUAACACUGACAAAUUCUCAGUCUGUUACACAGAUGCCUCCACUUUCAUACCCCAUGUCUAUCCAUUUACCUUCAGCUCCAGUAUUUGCCCUUAUAUUCCAAUCUCCACCACCCAUAUCUACCUUGACAGCUCCCUUACCUCAACUUUUACAGACUGAGACAAGCCACCCACAUCCUCCUCUUUCUGUCCUUGCAUCUCCACUUUCUGUGUCCACCAAAAUAUCUCCAUCUCCAACUGUUACAUCUACCCACAUUCCACCAGAGCCACCAGUAGCACAUCGUCCUCUGUCAAGGCCAAUCAGAAUUAAAUGUAAUCAGUGUCACAUGGAAUUGAAUAAAAAGAAUCUACGCGUUCACAUUAGAAGAAAACACACCGAUGUUAAGUAACUUAUGGUAUUUUUCUAUCAUCCUUUUAAUUUCAAAGUGCUUGUAUUUUUUAAUUUUUUUCACAAUUUAAGUUGUGUUUAAAUACGUUAUUUCAUUGUACCUUUUACAUCAUUUUAAUUAUGUUAAUUUUGUUUCACUGAGUUGCAUGUAGACUUUUAGGGUUGUUUAAUAAAAAAUAUAUAUUUGUGUGUAAAAAAAGAAAUGCUUAAAACACAAUUUUUUUCUAAUUUUUGCUUCCAGUCAGGAGUUAAGUAAGGGGAUUGUUUAUUACUGGCUAUACCACUAAAUACAUUAAAAAUAACGUACAUUUUCCCCAGGUCUACUAAUGUAUAGUAGACCAUCCACUUUGGAACUGGCUAGAUUCCAAUUUCCCUUCAAGAGGUAAGGUCUCCAGGCUCUAUAAUUCCAUCUUGUUACAUCAGUACUCUAGUAUUCCAGUUACUUGCUUUGGGGAAAGGGAAUAAGGGGUUAAACCUGACUGGGAUGUGUUAUGGGCCAGGGCCAACUGAUCCACUAUAAAGUUAUUAACAGGGCAUGCAUUACUCCAAGUUUAUUGCAUGAAAUGAAGUUUACAUCUAAUCCUUAUUGCCAUCUUUGCAAUAAAUCUACAAUAGGCUCUUGUAUACACAUGUUUUGGGAAUGCCAUAUAGAGGUCUCAUUCUGGACAUUUGUAUGCACUGUUCUUUUGGACAUUUUACAGUUGGAGAUACCCAUGGAUCCCCUGCUCUUCCUGCUACUGGAUGACUCCACACCAGCUAAACACACAUCAAAAAAUGACUUUACUUGCAGCAGGCACAGCCACCAAAAAUACUGUUUUAAAGCUUUAGGUGGAACCAUCCACUUCUACACAUUCCAUUUGGCUAACAUACUUCAGCGACAUUGCUUUGUUGGAAGGUACCACCACUAAGCCCAAUGGAGCAAAGGAUAAGACUCUUUAAAGCUGGGCAGAAAUCGCCAAGGUGUUGGACAAAUAAAAACCUUGAUCACACUUAUUUCUUUAACCUACCCAAUUACUUUUAUUUCAAUAUGGGCAGUUUUUUUUGGCAUUUGUCUGCACACAGUUCAUUAGAUUUGUAUUCUUUAUUUCUUUACAUUUGAAAAUAAAAAAUAUUGUUU